CGCUUAACAGCUUUAAAAUCAAGGAAUGAAACUCGUAAGAUUUCUUAUGAAAUUAAUUAAUGAAACGGUUUCCAUUGAGCUCAAAAAUGGAACUACUGUUAAUGGCACUAUCGUUGCUGUCGACAUGCAAAUGAAUACUCAUCUCAAAACAGUUAAAAUGACCGUUUUUAAUAAAAAUCCCGCCUCUUUAGACACACUUAGUAUUCGUGGUAAUAAUAUUCGAUACUUCAUCCUUCCUGAUAGUCUUCCUCUUGACACUUUAUUAAUUGACGAUGCUCCAAAACCUAAACAAAAAAAAAGAGAAGCUUUAAGAAGUAGAGGUCGUGAUAGAGCUAGAGGAAGAUCGCGUCGUGGUCGUAAUACACGUGGAUUUUAAUCUAUAUUAUUUACAUUUUAUUACUAAAUUUAUGUACUUUUUUUUU